CCGGUCUGGGCGCCCUCUGCUUGCGGCGGACCCGCCGGCACGGUGUCGCCCGCCGCGCUUGCCCCCCGGCCGCCACGCCUCCGGGGCGUUGGAACCCGGCCGCCUGAGCUGACCUCCGGGCCCCCGAGUCAUCUCGCACCACCUUAGCCCCUCCCGGCCCUGCACACCCGCGUGUCUGCCGCGCCGUCUGCUGCUCAGCCUCUUGUCUUCUGACCUCAGGAUCAGAUUAGCCCUCUUGCCCUUCCAUCCCUCGUUAAAGGUUUGGCUUUGAGGCUGGUGGGGGUGACCGGAAAAGUGCUGUAAGAGUUUCAGCUAGAAGAUGAUGGUGGUAAAAUCGUCCGGUACUGGGCAUGAUUUGUAUGCUGUCGAUGUCCUCCAAACUGAACAGAUGGAGAGCCCAAGUUCACCUACACGUGGGAUGCCGUAGGACGUUUUUUCCUAAACUGUUGCCAGUUCUUGUGAGAGCAGCAUUAAGAUUUCCACCCCCCACCCCUUGGCGCUGUGAACGCAGAGAUACAUUUGUGGUGAGCAAGCGAAUGAUGAUGCUCGCUGUCUAUAACUGCACCAGUAUGCAUGAGCGAGUACACCGAACAGAAAGACAGUUUCGAUCACUUCCAACUAAUCAACAGAAACUGCUUCCUCAGUUUCUUCUUCACUUGGACAAGAUCCGGAAAUGCAUUGAUCAUAAUCAAGAAAUACUACUGACCAUUGUGAAUGAUUGCAUACAUAUGUUUGAAAAUAAAGAAUAUGGAGAAGAUGGGAAUGGAAAGAUUAUGCCGGCAUCUACAUUUGACAUGGAUAAGUUAAAGUCCACACUGAAACAGUUUGUGAGAGAUUGGAGUGAAACUGGGAAAGCAGAAAGGGAUGCUUGCUACCAGCCAAUCAUUAAAGAAAUUUUAAAAAAUUUUCCAAAAGAGAGAUGGGAUUCUUCUAAAGUAAAUAUUCUGGUACCUGGUGCUGGACUAGGAAGACUGGCCUGGGAAAUAGCUAUGCUAGGUUAUGCUUGUCAAGGAAAUGAAUGGAGUUUUUUUAUGCUCUUUUCUUCCAACUUUGUACUCAACAGAUGCUCUGAAAUUAAUAAAUAUAAGCUUUAUCCCUGGAUCCAUCAGUUUAGCAAUAACCGAAGGUCAGCCGAUCAGAUUCGACCCAUCUUUUUCCCUGAUGUUGACCCCCACAGUCUUCCUCCUGGUUCUAACUUUUCUAUGACAGCCGGAGAUUUUCAGGAAAUAUAUUCAGAAUGCAAUACCUGGGACUGUAUUGCUACCUGUUUCUUCAUAGACACAGCUCACAAUGUAAUUGAUUAUAUUGACACAAUAUGGAAAAUACUCAAGCCAGGUGGAAUUUGGAUAAAUUUAGGUCCUCUGCUGUACCACUUUGAAAAUUUGGCAAAUGAACUUUCCAUAGAAUUGAGCUAUGAGGAUAUAAAAAAUGUUGUUCUGCAAUAUGGAUUCCAGGUAGAGGUGGAGAAAGAGUCUGUCUUGUCAACAUACACUGUGAAUGAUCUCUCCAUGAUGAAAUACUACUAUGAAUGUGUCCUGUUUGUGGUCCGUAAACCACAAUAACGGUCUCAAGUGAUAUCACCAGGAAGAAAGUUUGAUAAGAGCAAAUGCUGGAAUAAACAACUCAGAAUCAACUAUCCCAAUGACAGGACACAACCUCAAAUCAGUGGUGCCUUCUUAUUCCUAACAAAAUUUAGAAAUAGUGUCUAUUUUCUUAAUAUGUCUAUCUCUUUUUCAGAAAUAUAUUAUGCCAUGCAUAUUUGUACUACACAAGUUAAAAUGGAGGAAAUGUCUUCAAGCAUACUUUUUCCUUGAAGCCCAGAAUUGUCUUUCAGUAGAAAAAACUAUCUCCAGUGUAUUCAUGAAGCUGUCCUUAGCAAGUCUGCCAUAUGGAUGACUAAUAGUAUUGAAGUCCCUAGUAAUCCCCUUUGUUGUUGUUUUGUAUGCAUUGUACAUGUUAUUUUUAGAAGAGUCUAAGGAUCCUCUGUCACUUUCAGCAUCUGGAAUUGGGACUUCUGUUUACUUUGGACCUACGCAGUCUGUACAUAAAAUGUAUGUCUAUUUUAUCGUUCAAGGUAUUUUUUUUCCAACUCAGCUGAACUUAUAGUUAGCAUCAAACGUUUCAUUUCUAUGAGAUGCUAAAUUUAUAGGAUCACAGGCCAGUAAAAUGCAUUUUAAAUAGCUGAGAAAUUAGUUAAGUCUGGCCACACUAAACUGAACCCUCUUUGAGAGCAUACUCAUCAUGGAUCACUCUGAAAUGUGAGAGAUCUCAACAUUCUAAGUGAGGCACAAAAGCCUUUAUUAAAGAUACUGCUAGGAGACUGGGGAAAUCAGAGCAAAAUCUGCCCAUUUGAAAUGAUGUAUGAUUGUAAACUAUAAGCGAGUACAGAGUUUGUCAGUGAUAUGUUUACAAUAAUGUCUUUUUUAACCUGGAUUACAAAAGCAAGCACUUUUUUUUUCCCGUUAAAACUAUUACAUACUAGUAAAAACUGUCAUGAUGGUAUUUAUGUGGGGAGAUUUUGAUUAUGAAAUUUAGGGAUAAAAUACUGCCCAUCGUCUCUGUCUUCAAUAUUGUAAGCAGCAGCCAUCAACAUAAUUUCACUUUAACACCAGUUUUGUUCCCUUGAUAUCUGUAGCUGAAACCGUAUAUGCUGCUUUGCAUUUCUACCUCUAGCAGGUCUUUAUUGGAGGGAGUUUUCCUUUGUAUUGUUUUAUGUUUAUUAUCCUGUUUUCCAGUAGCUUAAAAAGUGGAGAUGACUAAUUUAACAUUUUAACCUUUUCUUGGAGAAAAGAAAGUACUAUUGAAUAUUUUCACAGAUGAUUGUGAUGACAUUAAGUGACCUCUGUGGCAGUUUGGAUUAGAUAGGCUUAAUUUCAAUAAUGUGCUAUAGUAUAACUGUCAUGUUUUCAUAGGAAAUCUUACUUACGAUCUUUAGACCUUUAUUGUCAGUCACUACACUAUCUGGCAUCUUACUAGUAGGACUUUUUCUGCAUACACUACGGCAGCUCCUGUGGCCUUUAUGUCCAUGAUGCAGUAAAGGAUUCCAUGAAUUUAAUUUGAUUUGUCAAAUUAUGGACACCUGUAACCUGCUGAGUGUUUCUGAAAAACUACUUCUCUUUUUUGGGUCCCUCAGUACUUAGCAGAUGUUCAUUUAGUGGGAAUUCUCAUUACCUAACACAUGAAUGAACUUGAAAUUAAUGCAAGGGUAAAAAAGACCCCAAGUUUAUUUAUUUUUUUUAAGGAAGAAAAUCUUAAAAGGAGCGUAAGUAUUUAAAAAAUCCAUUGAAAGGAAAGGAAUGCAUGCUGUUUGUAAUUUAGAAAUGCUUUUUAUUCACUAAUAAGUAUUCACUUUUUUACAACUUGUAUCAAAACAGAUGAUCUUGGUUUUCUCAUUGAGGAAAAAACACCUUGACACCAAUCGGUUGGCUUUAUUACUUAAAACUUUUGCUAUCAAGUUUUAUUCUUUAAUGCUACUUAUGUUUCUAAAUUACAGCUUAUAUUUUAGUUUUCUGAAAUCAUUUGUUUUAUUUGUUUCUAAUUUCCCCCUCAUAUCAUGAAUACUGUUUUUUAAAUAUACUACACAAAUUUGCACCACUUUUUUUCUCUUAUAACUUUUGUAGUUAAUAUAUUCUAAACUUGAAAAUUGUGGUAUCAAUCAAUAAUAGAGGUGUCACUGGAGGAUUUAAUUUUGUAUUUCUUAACGUGUAGUCCUAGCUACUAAAGUGUGCAAGCCUUAAAGUUUAAUUUUUUUUUCUUAAAUAACUCUAUACAGAAAUGUUUUCAUUCAUUUUCAUAAAGUAGAGGGAGUUAGGUCAUUGUGCUUGCUUUUUUUUUUACUUUCCAUAAUCUGAAGCAGUGUAGGCUAGGGAAUGUUUUAAUCAAGUGAGUAGGAUGGGAUAUGUAAAAUAUAAAGAGAAGCUGUAUAAAUCACAGUAUAAAAUUAUGAAGUUUGGGGACUGUAAAAUGUACUGUAUUUAUAUGUAAUUCUCAUUCUAAAAGUUGCCGCAAAGGCUGAAGUGGAAGCUUCAUGUCUGCAUGAAAUUUCCUAUAUUUUUAAUGUGUAUGAUGGACUUAAUUUUUCUUGAAUAUUAAAGUCUGCCAAUUGCUAUGAAACAA